AAACCGAAUAUGAAUUAUGAUAAACUGAGUCGAGCUUUACGUUAUUACUAUGACAAAAAUAUUAUGUCUAAGGUAGGCCUUAAAAUAUAUAUUUUUUUCUUUUUCUGUAUAAUUGAUGAAAAAGUGCAUGGAAAACGAUAUGCUUACAAGUUUGAUUUUUAUGGCUUAGCUCAAGCUUGUCAAAGUUGUUCAGGUUGUUCUACAUCUGAAUUACCUGUUCCUGCACCGGUUUCAACAACUACUGCAGUUCCAGCUUAUCCAGCAGGUUAUCAUACGUCUGAUAUAUUAUUUCCUCAUUAUCAACAGUCAUUACCAAAACUUGAACCAGAAAUGGAAUCUCGUUAUGCAUUUAUAACACCAGAUUCUUCUGAAACUUUGUCGUCACCGUUUAUGCCAGCUUAUUGGGCACAUCCAAUUUCAAAUCCUCCAUGUUUAUAUCCAUCAGCAACAUAUUAUUCGCCGACAAAAAGUGUUCAUCCAAAUGUCACCUAA